AUGAGUUGCUUUUCGUGCUUUGUUUCUCGUCGGAAAGAUGUGAGAAGGGUUGAAAUUGACAAUGGGACUCGAUCUGCUACUGCUUCUUCCUCAGAGGGUGAAAGGAAGAGAGAAUCCUCAGAGGGAAAGGGGAAGAGUGUGAGUAGUAGUAAAGGAAGUACCGCGGCUGCUAGUUUUGGUUUUCGCGAACUCGCUGCGGCGACGAGGGGUUUCAAGGAAUUGAACUUAAUUGGAGAAGGUGGUUUUGGAAGGGUCUACAAGGGUCGACUUUCAACAGGCGAGCUUGUUGCCGUGAAACAAUUGAGUCAUGAUGGUCGGCAAGGUUUUCAGGAAUUCGUGACGGAGGUUCUUAUGUUGAGCAUGCUGCACCAUUCUAAUCUUGUGAAGUUAAUUGGCUACUGCACUGAUGGAGAUCAAAGGCUUUUGGUUUAUGAGUACAUGCCGAUGGGUUCACUGGAAGAUCAUCUUUUUGAUCCUGCCCAAGACAAAGAACCCCUAAGUUGGAGUUCUCGAAUGAAGAUUGCUGUUGGAGCUGCUCGUGGCCUCGAGUAUCUCCAUUGUAAAGCAGAUCCACCUGUUAUCUACAGAGACUUGAAAUCUGCAAACAUCUUGUUAGAUAAUGAAUUCAACCCAAAACUGUCAGAUUUUGGGCUUGCUAAACUUGGACCUGUUGGAGACAAUACCCAUGUUUCUACCAGAGUGAUGGGAACAUAUGGCUACUGUGCGCCUGAGUAUGCCAUGAGUGGAAAAUUAACUCUUAAAUCUGAUAUAUACAGCUUUGGUGUGGUUUUGUUGGAGUUGAUCACUGGACGUAGAGCUAUAGAUGUCAGUAGAAAACCGGGAGAGCAAAACUUGGUUUCAUGGUCUCGUCCGUAUUUCAGUGACCGGAGAAAGUUUGUACAUAUGGUUGACCCUCUUUUACAAGGCAACUUCCCCUUGCGCUGUUUGCAUCAAGCAAUUGCUAUAACUGCCAUGUGUCUCCAGGAGCAACCAAAAUUCCGUCCACUUAUUGGUGAUAUUGUUGUUGCACUGGAAUACCUAGCUUCUCAGAGUAUUGCUGAAGUGCACAGACAAGGUGGUCGCAGCUCGCCGCAACAACCGCCUUCUGAAAUGGACAGAAAUUAA